AUGUAUAACAAGCGACACAGGUGCAUGGCUGAGACUGUCGUUUUUGGGGACUCCUGUGCCUCUUUGGCAUACAAGUGCGGGAUAUCCCAAGAUGAGUUUAUUGACUACAAUCCAGAGGGUGGGUUAUGUUCGUCACUGAGGCCAGGUCAGCUGGUAUGCUGCACACCUCGGACUCCCAGCAGGAAACCAAUAAUGGAUGAAAAUGGCUCAUGUGCUAGCCUCACAACAAAUGACAAUGACACGUGCUCUUCGAUUGCAGCGGAAUACGACCUGAAGCCGUCGGAUAUCAGUUACUUUAACGAUGGAGCUACCUGGGGCUGGACUGGCUGUGACAACAUUCAUGGGGAGCUUAGGAUCUGUCUCAGUGAAGGUAUCCCACCUAUGCCUGUUCCGGUAAGUGAUGCAGUCUGUGGCCCAACGGUGCCGGGGACAAAGGCCCCUGAAUAUGGAAUAGAACUGUCCAAUCUAAACCCAUGUCCGCUCAACGCCUGCUGUGAUACUCGAGGCCAGUGCGGUAUCACCCCAGAAUACUGUACUCCUGAGAAUGGACCGACUGGAAACCCUGGAACAGCACCCCCCGCUCGCAGGGGAUGCAUCUCAAAUUGUGGAACCAAUAUCACCAAUAACCUCGAAGGCCCUUCGGAGCUUAUAAGAAUUGGAUAUUAUGAAUCCUGGAACUGGGACCGACCAUGCCUCAACUUACGCGCUAGGAGCAUCAACACGAGCGAGUACACCCAUAUUCACUGGGGCUUUGCUACCAUUGAUAAUAAAUUCAAUGUUGCGGUCAACGACACUUACGGGCAGUGGGAAGGCUUUCUAGCGCUAAAAAAUGUGAAAAGGAUCCUUUCGUUUGGCGGCUGGGGAUAUUCUCUCAACUCCGGAAGCUACGAUGGACUUCGCGAUGCCAUGAACCCGAAGAAUGUAGACACAUUCAUCGGGAAUAUCUUAGAGUUUGUUGAAGACAAUGGCCUUGAUGGAGUUGAUUUUGAUUGGGAAUAUCCGGGACUCUCUAGCAUCCCGACCGUCCACCUAGGCUCCGAGUCGGACGGCCCGAACUAUCUUGCGUUUCUUGAAAAGCUCUGGGGAGUUUUCCCCCGGAAAAAAAGCGUCUCUAUAGCUGCUCCUGCCUGUUUCUGGAACCUGAAAGUGUUCCCAAUCAAAGCGAUGUCUCGACACCUGAGUUACAUUGUAUACAUGACAUACGACCUCCACGGGCAAUGGGAUUACAAUUACUACUUGGCUCAAGAUUAUUGCAAGACAGGAAAUUGUCUACGAAGUCAUGUGAAUCUUACCGAAACGGAAUACGCCCUCGCCAUGAUUACGAAAGCCGGGGUUCCGAGCAACAUGAUAACUGUGGGCAUAUCUAGCUAUGGACGGUCUUUUGGCAUGAGUGAAGUCGGAUGCGUUAAGCCAGAGUGUCGGUUUGAGGGCCCAAAGUCUACUGCAAAGCCGGGGAUAUGCACACGGACGCCCGGGGUCCUCGCUAACGCAGAGAUUGAAGACCUUAUUAAUGACUCUGAGAUCAAUGAGUCUUUCUACGAUCCAGGAUCCGACUCGAACAUUUUGGUGUACAAUGAUACUCAGUGGGUCUCCUAUAUGGACAAGGUUACGAAAGCUAAUCGGAUCGCGUACUAUAAGAGCUUAAAUUUUGCGGGGUAUGCGGAUUGGGCAAUUGAUCUGGGGUAUUGGAGUGGGGAUGACGGCGAUCCCGAGGGGAUACGAUAUUAG